GCAUCCAGUAAGGAGAUAUCGUCCGAUAUCGCACUAAGUGGACACCCUGUAUAUUACAUAUUUAUGCAUCACAUGGGAUAAAAUAACAUCAAGAUUUUGUUUUUAACGCUAAAAAGUGUUUUUUUUUUUUGUAGUGACCAUAAGAAAGUGAACCUUGGUGAAAAAUCAACGAUGAAGUUUUUCAUUAUUGCUACUGCCAUCUUUGUAGCUGCUUUGGCCGCUGACGACCAUAAAGAAAUCCAUCGAAAAUGCCAAGACGACCCAGCCUCCCAUAUAGAUAACAUGGUAUCUGAUCCAAGCAGAAUUGAAAACCUCCCAGCCAACUAUGGUAAGCACAUUCUCUGCAUGUGCAAAGGCUUGCACUUGUUGACAGAGGAUGGCAAAGCCAAUAGACAAGAAAUCCAAUCUCGCGUUGAACAUGCGAUGCCACAAGAUGCCACUAAAGUUGCCGCUGUUGUUGCCGAGUGCAGUGAAAACAGAGCUAAUGGUGAAGAUACUGCUAUGCAUAUCUGGGCUUGUUUACAUAAACAUCAAGUCAUGCAAGGUCAUGGACAUAGUAGCGAAGAAAGCAGCGAGAAGGAUAGCAGUGAACAUCAUCAUCAUCAUCACUAAUUCAAUAAUAAGUGAUUAUACCUUUGUGUAAUGUUUUAUAAAUAAAUGAUUUGAUUGAUUUUUCUUAACCUGGUGAGCCAAACAAAACCUGCUAGUUACGUGGUUGCUAGGUGUGGCUAGCUACGAAAGUGAAACUUUCGC